GUUUUUGGACUGCAACCCAAAUCAAACCCACCAGUUUGGGUUUUUAGUAAGGACAUGCAGCUUCAGCUAAGUGGAGACAACAUAAUACGUCUAAAGGAAACAGAUUCAAAGUAUGCAGUCAAUGGUGAUUGUUGCAGCACGUAUGAUUAUCGUGGUAGGAAUUGCUUGCAUUUUUAUCCAUUUUUCAUAACUCCGAUUCAUAAAUUGACGAAAUAAUAAGAACUCUACAAAUGCAUGAACAAAUGUCAUUUUGUCGCAAGACUUUACUUCCACGGGACUUGAUCCUCAGAUCUUUAACAGCUUUUUUAUGUCUUUACCAAUACAGACCUCCCUGCUGGUUAUUAUACAUGCAGUAAUUUUGCGUAUUUUAUGUGACAGUAAUUUUAUGCACUCUUUCAUUCACGUAUUCCUUUGAUAGAAUACCAUGGGAAAUCCACUUUUUUUCUAUGUGGAUCCCAUAAAUGCAUUUUUAGCAAUGCAUAUUGAACCUCUGGUUAAAUUGCAGGUAAUUUAGACAAUGGAGAAAGCUUAAGGCAGGUGAUUUCCAAUCUGGAAUCAUUUUACGGCGGGGACAUUUCAGCUGUCUUACUUGUCCUUGGUGGAACAGCUAUGGCUUUUCACUACCAACAACUUACCAAAUUAGUUGGUGGUGUUCCCCCAACACUUGCCGUUGGUGACCCUGUGUCCGGGAAAUCCACUGCUGUUGAGUGUGCAAUGGCAUUGUUCAAUCAACGGGAAUGUAUAGGAGGUAAAUAAAUUUAACUAAAGACUGCAGAGUGUGUCUCCAAUACACAUUCUGUUACUACCACAAGUUACAGUUAUGAUAACCUGUAUUUGUUUGGGGCUGUACUCAUCUCAAGUGGAAAUUUUCCAGGAAUGUUUCCAAAUUGCUACACUGUAAAUGUAUUAGUGUCAUUCUUACAUUAAAUGCUAUGUUUAUUUCACAGCUGGCUCUGAGGCGAGGCUACUUGAGAGUCUCGUCAAUAGGACUAUUCCAUUGUGGUGGGAUGACAUUGACAGUCUUGUCGUGUUGGAGAAAUUGACGGUUCUCCUUUAUAACAAGGUAACUGAAAGGCCUAUGUAUAUAUAUAUAUAUAUAUAUAUUUAUAUAUAUACAUACAUGUCCAUGGGAAAAAUAUUCUUACUUUCUUUUAUAUGCUACCUUCUUUUUACAGUGAUAAUUGGAUUGCGUACAAGUCACACUUCUGGUGAAUUUUAUCAAAAUUCUUGAAAUUAAUGAAUCUUAAAAUUUUUUGGUCCCAAGUUAUUUGUACCGCCAGCUCAACCAAGUCCAGUCCUCGGAGUUAGAUAUGUUAUUAAAAAGGGUAAAUGCUAUUAUUCAAAAGGAAAAAAAUUGAUGUUUUGAAUACGAUCUAAACUAUGUAAUUGUCCAGGAUUUGUUGUCCUUGUUAACAUGAGGUUAACUAACAUGUAUGAUGUUAUUAAGAUGUUGACAUUACAACAUAUUAGCAAGCAUUGAACAGACAUUUAUAACCUGUAUUACUUCAUGCAGGCGAAAAAAGUCACAAUGUCAAAGGACUCUGUUGGCAGUACUGUGCCGGUAAUAUCGGUCAACUAUUCCAAGCUGAUCAAAGGGUUCAAAAAACUAAAAAUGGGAGAGGAGGAUUUUGGAAGGUAAGGAACAUUUUGCUGUUUGGAAAGUUCAGGUUUGUUCAUCAAUUUUAACCGUAGAAAGAACACAAACAUUAUUGUAGUAAAGGAGUAAAGUUGAGAAUAUCAUAUCAUUCUUCUGAAAACUUUACAGAUAAAACUAAAGCCAUCAGAAACGAUGGCAAUCACAACUUACAGUUGUUGCAAGUCAAACCGUGUUCAUUGACUUUUUUCGAAAUGAUGUAGGUUGUAGUAUUAUUUACAAAUUAAAGUUGGUGUUCUGAAACAUCUUUUAAAAGUACAGAACGUGUAGGAAUUGACAGACAACAAUACAUGCUUCUGAGAAUCAUAAGUCGGCAGGUUAAUUAAUGCAUGGCAUAAAAACUCCAAAGGGUGAACAAAAUUAUUUGGUGACAGUACUUUAAAGUUACUGUUUGUCUUAAUACAGAUUAUUUACUAGAAUGCUUCCUAUCCCAUUUGGGAAGAGAACAAUUGGGAAAAAGCGAAUAAAGGAAAGGUUGGAAGGAAAGUCUCAGUUGGAGGAUUUGCUGAAAGACCUCCCCAAGAGUGUGUCAGUAAUUCUGAAACUACACAAUGACUACGAAGAAAUGACCAAGGAUGUCCUCUUUAACGCCAUUCAAGACGUUGUGGAGGAAAUGGUAGUAGAUGUCAGGAGUGAAGCCAAUUUUUCCGUUUUGCUAUUUACUACUGGAAAGGUGAGAAAUAGACUGUAGAGCUAAUUAGAAUGACUGCAUUGUAUGUGAAUAUGGCGAGUAACAUUAUUAUUUGAGACCUCAGGUAUUAUUCUCAUUUAUGCUACGGAAUGAAAAUAAGUAGUUGCUUCCGGUACUAAUAAGUUGUCUUUGCUUGCUUCAGGUAACAAUUAAGUAACAAUUAAUGUUAUUAAUUAAAGACACAAUUGUAACAUUUUUUAUUUGAAAUUUUCAAUUUUUUAAUUUACCAAAUAAUUUAAGUCUUGUUGAGCAGGGUUUAUACCAGUAUGGAUGAGUAUCCUUGUGGAUAAGAAAAAAUGGUGAAUUGUACAGCAGCUGAUACUGGGUCGUGUCUAGACAUGCUUUCACUCCAGUUAUUUUCAUGUGGAGCCGCAUUAUUUGCUCUAUUUUUUAAGGAUAAUAAGCCUUACUAAUGCCUUUACUUGAUUUGAUUUCGUCACUGAAACUGAAAUAUCUUUUAGAUAUUACAGCACAUUGGACUAUUCGGUUCUUACUGGGAGGAAGUUCUUGCAUUCUUCAAAACUCAGAUGGUACCAAAAUAUAAAGAACUACUCAUUGGCAGUUUUGAAGGGAUUGAGGCAGUCCAAGGAAACCAUGUCGCAGAUGAUGCUGACUUUUGGGAAGCCCUUGAAACGUUGUUCCUGGAUGCUGUUUCCCAUCCAGAUGAUGUAAGUUAUGUUGUAGGCAUUAUAAAUCCGGUUUUCUAUAUUUUUAUGAACUUAUGUUACGGAUGUUAAACUCAGAUUUCCAAUUUCCGCUCUGUGGCCUAAACAUCAUAUAGUGCAGGUGAUCACUGUAUACAAGUUGACGACUGAACUGUUCAGUGACACUGAAAUCUUUCCCGAAUACUAUAAUAAAUUAUGCACACAGCGUAUGCAGCUUGCAAGACUUUUGCUUUGACGAAGAGCUAUUUCUGUCAAAACGUCAGCUUUUUAAUCCCCUUACGACGAUUACUAUUCACUUCAUCAACUCGUUUGAUUCUGUUUCUCCUAUAUUCCCAUCGACGCAGCGCCACAAUGAUGACUCCAAUUUGUUCCCGGCUUUAUUUUAUGUUUGUUGCCUCACUUUUUGCGCAUUUAAAACGACAAAAAUCCUCAAAAGAAAUGCUUGUUAUGCAGGCUUUAGUGGUAAUUGAGAUAAAUACACUGAUAAAGGUUCAUUAGAGCAAGAACACUCAAGUCUGAUGUUUUUCUCUUGGCAAUUUCAGAUCAAGAAAUUUCUUAAAGCCAAUUACAAUACAAAAGGCUGUUCAUGUGGGGAAGCUGUGGCUAUAAGUUUAGCAAAAGCCCUCCAGUUUUCUAAACUGAAAUUAACAUCUGCUGCCUUGACUCACGCAAUACGAGCUAAAGCUGUGGGAUGUACAGGCAAGAGCAUGCGGAUUGAUGGCUCAUCAUCGACCUGUGUGCACAUCAGCAGACGGAAAAUUCCUCAAAGGCUACUGGAUAUUUUAGACAAAAAAGGUAGAUGGUUUUAUAAUUUAUGUGAGCUAUGCAAAACCUAUCAUAAUGUUAAAGGUCUUGCCAUUGAAGUGGCGACUUCAAUAGUUCUUGACGUGUCUCUUUUUUCUGUCACUCAGGGGCCGACGAUGAAGCUCCUUCGAAUCAAAAUGAAGCAGGACAAGAAAUGGCAGAAAUUAAUGUAAGUAACACAGCAGUUCUCCAUAUAUAUUGCUGAGGUUAAAUAGGGAGUGGAUCCUUGAUAUCAAGUCCGAUUCGCAACACAAGAUUAAUCAGAAUUUGAAUGAAAAGCUCAUAAAUGCAACAUGCUUUGAAUUAAGGCAAAAAAAUUUUGUUAAUAUAUAUAGAGAUAUGUGUGCCGUAUAGUAUUUCAUAACAGAGAAUCACAGUUUCUAUGCACAGAUUGAGAAAAAAUACAAUUGUAGAUUAUAGCUUGGGCAUUUCAUGCAUGAAGGUGAUAACCAAAGACGUUGACCACUUUGUUCAUUGCAGGAAUCUGAAGUUGAAAUUUUAGCAACAGCAUCUUCAUCUGCGGGUAAAAAUUAUUUUAUAAUGAUUUGCUCGAAAGUGCAGUCUGUUCGUAAAACUAAAGCCAUAAUAAUUGCUUAUUUGAAAUGCAACAACAGUCUGCAUUUUAAUUUACUGUACUGUUAAUGGGCUGAAAGAGUGACACUUUCCUGAUCAAAAAUUAUUUUUGUUUAAAUUGUCGACAAGAGCAAGAGCAAUUGCAGGCAAGAGAAUUCAGUCGAUGGCUAAUCAUCAACCUAUGUGCAUAUCGGCAAAAGAUUCCGAAGAAGGCUACUAAAUAUUUAACAUACAAAAUGUCACAUGGAUAAUUUAUUUGAGCUAUGUAAGACCUAUCACAAUGUUUAAGGCCUUUCAAUUAAUUUGGUGACUUCAAUAAUUCUUCACGUAUUUCUUUUUUUGGGUCACUCAGGGGCCGAUGAUGAAACUCUUCUGUAUGAAAAUGAAGCAAUACAGGAAACGGUAGAAAUUUAUGUAAGUAACACAGCGGGUCUCUACAUAUAUUCCUUCAUAUAAUGCAACAUGCUUAAUCAAGGUAAAAAAUUAUGUUAAAGUGAAAUCAAGUCCCAAAAAGAAUCCAAAGACUUAUAUGCUUUAUAAUUCCCUAUGAGGAAUCACAGUUCCCAUAUACGAAUUGAGAAACAAUGCAAUUGUAGAUGCUUCUUGCGCAUUUCGUGCAGAAAGAGGGCAACUAAAGACGAUGACCAUUAUGUUCUUUGCAGGAUUCUGAAGUUAAAAUUUUAGAAGCGGCAUCUUCAUCUGCGGCAUCGUCAUCUGCAGGUAAUAAUUAUUUUAAAAUAAUUUUAAAAUGAUUUGCUUGAAUGUGCAGUACGUUCAUUAAAUUACAAUAAUAACUGCCUAUUUGAAAUGCGCAAUAUUAGUGUUUUCAUUUUUAUCCACUGUACUGUUAUGAGCCAAAAAAGUGACGCCGUAUUGAUCAAUAAUUAUUUUUGUUUCAAAUUCUCUUUUGGAAGGGUACGUUACCUUAUUUAUAUCUUAAACUUUGGGAAAAGAGAGCAGUAGCUUUCUUUGCGGUUUGAGGAUAUGAGAAAAUUUUUUCUAAAAAUAAUAUAAUGUAAAAAUAAUAAUAAUAAAUAAAGGUAGAGGGUAUGAGCAGCAACAUUAAAAGCUGAUUUUUUUCUUAUGUGUCUUUCAGCAGAAGCUGAAUAUAUGAGGCCUAAAGGAAAACGUCGAAAAAGUAAGGCUCUUUUAUCUUUCCCGUCGGUUGUGUAA